AUGGACAAACUCAAGUAUGAGCUUGCGCUUGAGGACGAGUUCGAUGCCCUCAACAUUGAGGUGAAGGCUGAGAAUGUCGAGGAGAUUCUGAGCUCCCGUAAAUAUCCAGCCAAGCAACAUGCCCGCAAAGUAGCAGCUGAGUUAGCUAGACCAAGCACCGGGGUUCCAGAUAAUGGCAUUAUCUUCCUACCGGGAGAACCCUCACGGCUAUACGAGGACUCGGACCAAGGUCCUGAUUUCAGACAACGACGAUACUUCUAUUAUAUUACCGGGGCUGAUUUCGCCGACUGCGCCGUAACAUACCAGAUCUCAGAAGAUAGGCUGACGCUGUGGAUUCCAUAUGUCGAGCCUCGUCAGGUCCUCUGGUAUGGAUCAACUCCAGACGCUGCCAAAGCGCUGCAACUAUAUGAUGUCGAUGAUGUCCGAUAUACCAACGACCUUUCCAAGUUCUUUGACCUUGCUCUUAACCCCUCUACAACCCUCUAUGUCCUACACAGAUCCCAGCUUCCUCGGGACAUUUUUGGUCAAAGCGACGGCCGCACCGUCUCGUGCCGAGGCCAGCCGGGCAGGAUCGAUUACUCCAGCCUUCAGUCAGCCAUGGAUCGUGCCAGAGUCAUCAAGGAUGAGUACGAGAUCGCCCUGAUCCAGAAGGCAAACGACAUCUCCAGCAUUGCCCACCGCGAGGUCGCCCGCCAGAUGCUGCAACUGCGGAACGAGCAGGAUAUCGAGGCCAUCUUCGUUGCGACCUGCGUGGCCAACGGCGCCCAUUCCCAGGCCUAUAAGAUCAUUGCAGGUGCCGGUGUGAACGCCUCAACUCUGCACUACGAUGCCAACGAUCAGCCUCUCGACGGUAAGCAGGUCGUUGUUGUUGAUGCCGGGUGCGAAUACAAGUGCUACGCUAGUGAUGUCACACGUACCCUUCCCAUCCCCGGGGUCUUCUCGCCGGAAUCCAAGGCAAUCUACCAUAUCGUCGAACGCAUGCAGGAGGAGUGUAUCUCUGCCAUCAAGCCCGGCACCAAGUUCUCCAGCUUGCACCUCCACGCCGCCAGUGUUGCCGCCCAGGGCCUCCUGAAGCUGGGGAUUCUCAAGGGUGACCUCCGCAAGGUCGAGGACUCCGGAGUUGCCAGCGCGUUCUUCCCGCACGGACUUGGCCACCAUGUCGGACUCGAGGUCCACGAUGUGAGCGGCGACCUGAGGCUGCUCUCCGCGGACAAGCUGACCAGGCUCGAAAACGGCAAACGAGAGAUGAUAACCCCGCCCGAGUUUGUGGACAUGCGGCGUUCGGAGCGACGCGCGGCGACUGACAAUGUGAGCAUGUACAGUGAUGGUCGCCAAGUCCUUCAGCCAGGGAUGAUUGUCACAGUUGAGCCUGGCAUCUACUUUUGUCGAGAAUACCUAGAGGGUUAUUUCCUUUCCCGUCCAAAGUUCGCCGAGUUCAUCGAUCGCGAUGUAUUGGAGGGAUACUAUGGGGUUGGUGGUGUCCGUAUUGAGGACGAUAUCCUCGUUACUGAAAAGGGUUAUCGUAAUCUCACAUCUGCCCCGAAGGGAGAUCCGCUAUUGAGCAUAAUGAACGAAGGUUUUGAGGUCAUUGACUCCUCGGGAUAG